CUACCUCUCGCAGAAGAGCACGCCCCAAGUCGUACCUCUCUCUCUCUCUCUCUCUCUCUCUCUCUCAUGGACUCCAAGUCGUAACUGAUGAAUCUGAAUAUUUCCUCUGUAAGUUAAACCCCCAACCUCUCCGAUCGUCUACGCUGCCUCAUCACAUCUAAUUUCACGCCAUCACUAUCUCUCUUCAUCUCCUUGCACAUGCCUCGUGCUACUCAUUUUAGGUUUUGUUGAAUACAUUUGGUAUUAUAUAACUGUUGAAUAAAAUGUUCGAUUGUGGUUCCAAAACACAGUUUUUGGGUGGUCAGCAAGAGAAAUUCGUAAGGUUGGAUGACUUGGAUUCUAGAUUAUCAUCACCUUCUACUUCUGCUGGAAUGAACAAAUGUACAUUUGGCAUUGAAGGGUUAGCAUGUGGCGGUCAUGCUGCUAGUACCCCUUCAAAGUCCUUCAAGAGAGGGAUGAGAAAAGGAUCUGAGGGACUGAAGUCCAUUGGUCGAUCACUUAGAUUUGGUGUUUCUCGAGCAGUGUUUCCAGAAGAUCUUAAAGUAUCAGAGAAGAAUAUAUUUGAUCCUCAAGAUAAAUUCCUUCAGUUGUGGAAUCAACUUUUUGUUGCAUCAUGUAUUCUGGCAGUAUUUGUGGAUCCUCUGUUUUUCUAUCUUCUAGUCUUCAAUCGGUCGUCUGAGUCGUCUUACGACUCUUACUGUCUAGGUAUAGACCGAAAAUUGGCAAUCAUAGCUACAACAUUCCGAACGGUAAUUGAUGCUUUCUACCUUCUUCACAUGGCACUGCAAUUCAGAACAGCUUACAUUGCCCCAUCUUCUCGGGUUUUUGGACGAGGUGAACUUGUGAUAGAUCAUGCUCAAAUAGCUAAGCGGUACCUCCGGUGCUAUUUUAUCAUUGAUUUUCUUGCUGUUCUUCCCCUUCCACAGAUUGUGGUCUUCAGAUUUCUGCAGAGGUCAAAAGGUUCAGAUGUACUAACAACAAAACAAGCAUUGCUUUUUAUUGUCUUGCUCCAGUAUAUUCCUCGGUUUGUCCGAAUCCUACCCCUAACUUCUGAAUUGAAAAGGACUGCGGGUGUCAUUGCUCAAACUGCAUGGGCUGGUGCUGUAUACUAUUUGCUUUUAUACAUGUUGGCUAGCCAUAUAGUUGGGGCAUUCUGGUACUUAUUAUCUGUAGAACGUUACGAUACAUGUUGGCAGAAGGCUUGUAAGAAUGCUAGUGGAGAAUGCCAUACAAAUUUCUUAUAUUGUGGCAACCAGGACAUGGAAGGCUAUGAUGCCUGGAAGAAUAUCAGUAAUUCAGUUCUUACUCGUGCUUGCCCUGUUGAUGGUGAUAAUGAUAAUCCACCGUUCGAUUUUGGAAUCUUCAGCCAGGCUUUGUCGUCUGGCAUUGUUUUCUCCAAGAAGUUCAUAUCUAAAUAUUGUUACUGUCUGUGGUGGGGACUGCAGAACUUGAGUACUCUUGGCCAGGGACUUCAAACUAGCACCUAUCCCGGAGAGUCGAUAUUCUCCAUUGCAUUAGCCAUAUUUGGGCUCAUCCUCUUUGCUUUAUUGAUAGGCAACAUGCAGACAUACCUUCAGUCUCUUACUAUUCGGCUUGAGGAGAUGAGGGUCAAAAGACGUGACUCAGAGCAGUGGAUGCACCAUCGAUUGCUCCCACAAGAUCUCAGGGAGCGGGUAAGACGGUAUGAUCAGUACAAGUGGUUGGAAACACGUGGAGUAGAUGAAGAGAACUUGGUUCAGAGUCUACCAAAGGAUCUUAGAAGGGACAUCAAGCGACAUCUUUGUCUGGCUUUGGUGAAGAGGGUUCCUCUGUUUGAAAAUAUGGACGAAAGGUUGCUGGAUGCCAUUUGUGAGCGACUAAAGCCAUGUUUGUACACAGAGAACACCUAUAUAGUUCGAGAAGGAGAUCCAGUUGAUGAGAUGCUUUUCAUCAUACGCGGUCGCCUAGAGAGUGUGACCACUGACGGUGGAAGAAGCGGAUUUUUCAACCGAGGUGUACUGAGAGAAGGGGAUUUUUGUGGAGAGGAGCUUCUAACAUGGGCACUAGACCCCAAAUCUGGUGCUAACCUACCUUCUUCAACUCGAACAGUAAAGGCUUUAACCGAAGUGGAGGCAUUUGCCCUGAUAGCUGAGGAGUUGAAAUUUGUGGCGAGUCAGUUCAGGCGGCUCCACAGUAGGCAAGUUCAACACACCUUCCGUUUUUACUCUCAGCAGUGGCGGACUUGGGCGGCUUGCUUUAUCCAGGCAGCGUGGCGGCGGUAUUCGAAGCGGAAAAUUCUGGAACUCCGUCGGAAGGAGGAAGAAGCAGAAGGGUUGGCUGGAGGCAGCAGCAAUGGUGGUGGCGUUGGAGGCUCAUACAGCCUUGGUGCCACCUUCUUGGCUUCAAGAUUUGCCGCGAAUGCUCUUCGUGGGGUCCACAGGAAUCGGAAUCUCAAGAGUGCGAGGGACUUGGUGAAAUUGCAGAAGCCUCCUGAGCCGGAUUUUUCUGCUGAUGCUGAUUGAUUUUGUAUAUCUUGGGAAUGCUUUUGAAUUUGAAGACCACUGUUGUAAACUUAUAACAAGAUUUAUUAAUCUACCCAUAUAUCCUAUCAUAGUUGUCUUGGUAUUGCA